AUGGUCAAGUCAACGUCUAUUGUAUUGUCGAUAGCAGCUUCUGCUGUUGCGGCCCCAACAUGCACAUGGUCGUCGUGGAAGGGUGUUAAGAACCUCUUUGUCUUCGGUGACAGCUACACCCAGACAGGCUUCGAUGUCAAUGGCACACAACCCAAUGCCGCAAACCCUUUUGGCAACCCACCAUACCCUGGCUACACAUCUUCCAACGGCCCCAACUGGAUAGACUUCCUUGCCACAACCUACAACACUAGCUUCAUCAAAGCCUACAACCUCGCCUACGGGGGCGCAACCGUCGACUCCGCGCUCAUAACCCCCUACGCGCCCACCGUGCUCUCCCUUAAGGACCAAGUGCAACUCGAGUUCCUCCCGCGCUACGGCUCGCACCCCGCUGACGCGCCUUGGACAUCGAAGGAUUCGCUCUUCGCCUUCUUCAUCGGCAUCAACGACGUCGGCAACUCUUGGUGGCUCAACAACGCCACGCUGUACGAUACUGUCUUUACCCGCUACUCUGGACUGCUGGAUCAGGUGUACAAGACCGGCGCGCGGAACUUUUUGUUUCUUUCUGUGCCGCCUGUCAAUCUGGCUCCGUUGACACUUAACAAGGAUGACGGCGGGUAUUCGGUUGAGAACGAAGGCAAGGUUAUUUUGGACUGGAAUAAGCGCCUUGCUACUAUGACGGCAGUAUUUAAGAAGAGCCACACUGACGCCAACCUGUUCAUUCACGACACUUACAAAGUCUUUAAUGACGUGAUCGAGAACCCUAAGGCUUACCCGCAAACCGCUGGAUUGAAGAAUGUCACUGCGUACUGUGCUGCGUAUGCUAACGGCACACCGACAUGGUACACCAAGGAUCCCAGCUGCCAGUACGCUGUUAACGAGUACUUGUGGCUCAAUGAGCUGCACCCUACCUUCCCGGUGCACAACGCCACAGCGGCAAGUGUCGCAAAGUUCUUGGGUGCGCAGAAGUGCACGACGUAA